CUAUAAUUAAAGCAAAAAUGAUCAAGUCUAAGCAGUAGAAGAAAAAGUAAACAAAAAGAUUAAGUGAGGACAUCUAUUUAAUUAAUUCCCAUGAAAGACUUAUAAAAUGUGAUGAUGUUAUGAGGGAGCUGUACUAGGACAAUAAUGCCUACAUGAUGACUGUGAUCAGCCUAUUCAUUGGGCUGUAUCUACUGUCUAUAUUUCUACUUCAAGGAAUUCAUUGCUUAAGGAAUGAUAUCUGUGCAGGGCGUACAAUUUUGCAUAACAGAUCAGGAGUUAUCACAGAUGGGCCAAAAAAUUACACAGAAUAUUUAAAAUGUGAAUGGCUCAUUAAUGCAGGUGGUCCUAACAGGACCAUUCACCUGAGAUUUGAAAACAUGACAACAGAAUGUUCCUUUGAUUUCCUGUUCAUCUAUGAUGGAAAGUCCUACAAUAGCCAUCUCAUAGCCUCACUCAGUGGUGACAGUCAUCCUGAAGACGUCACUGCCUACUCUGGGCAUAUGCUGAUUUAUUUGUUCAGUGAUCGCAACUAUGUCCGGCUUGGGUUCUAUGCUCACUACGAAGUUGUUGAUUGUCCAUGGAACUGCAGUAAACGGGGAGUUUGUAGAGAUAAUGUCUGUCACUGUAAUGCUGGCUUCAGUGGGAGAGGCUGUGAGGUGGCUAACUGUCCAGACAACUGUGGACAGCAUGGGGAAUGUGCCUUUGAUGCUCACAAACUGCAGUAUUGCCGUUGUAAUGCAGGCUACGUUGGCCACAAGUGUGAUGUGCCCAUCAGCAGCUCUGGAGUCAGAGGUCACUGGUACAGUGUUCAUAAUUCCACGGAUCAAAGCUUCCCACCCCGCACUGCUCACACUUCAGUCUACGCCAACAGAUGUAUAUGGAUGUUCGGAGGAUUCGAUCUCAACCAUGUGCUGGAUGAACUCUGGAGGUUCUGCUUGUCAAAGAACCUUUGGGAAAAUUUAACCCGUAAGCUCAAAAUGGGGGAAGUGCUUUGGCCCAGCGGCAGGAGCGGCCAUGCCAUGGAUGCUUAUGGGGAGGGCUUCUACAUUUUUGGUGGUCUCCUCAAUAAUGGAUCACACAGCAACGAGUUGUGGUUCUUCAACAUUUCUUCUAUGACCUGGGCUCUUUGUGCCAACGAAAGUGGCAUUAUGCCAGAGAAAGUGACUGACCAUACGUUAACCACAGCUGAUGAUCAUUUGUUUGUCAUCGGUGGUAAAACUGAAGAGAGGGUAUACAUUGAUACCAUAUACAAGAUAUCGGCAGAAAUGCCUGAACAGUGGGAGCAGGUCUCGGUGAAGGGUGGCAGAUAUCCCACCAAGCGUUUAGUAGGUCACAGCACCUUGUACCACAAACAUUCGCGAUCACUGAUAGUGUUCGGUGGGUACAAGCAGGAGACAGCUCUUUUCAGUGACCGCUCCAACAUCAUCCAUGUCUUCAGCAUAGAUGACCUCUACUGGUCCCAGCUGCACAAUUUUAGAUGGCAUAAAGAUUUCAUUCCUAGAGACAGGGCUUACCACUCAGCUGUGCUUGUGGGGAACUACAUGGCUGUGUACGGAGGGAACUCUCAUAAGCACGAGGAGCUUGAAAUAUGUUACAGCAACGAGAUUCAUUUUUACCACUUGGGUUGUCAUCUGUGGCUCAAUCACUCCUACUUUAGCGCAAAUACUUCUACUGGAAGGAUACCAUUGAAAGGACGAUUCGGUCAUACAGCUGUUGUUGCUAACGGCAACAUUAUGUUUAUAAUGGGAGGCUAUUCCGGAAAGGUUUUAGGAGAUCUUAUUGCUUACAAGGUUCCAUCUGCAAUUGCUGACUAUGAGUGUUCCUCUGAAGAUGAAACACUUUGCCAGAGUGAGAAACUUGACAUUCAUUUCAGUGACAGUGAUCACUGUCGGAAGUAUGACAGUCAAGUUUGUUUGGAAGAUCCUGAGUGCAUCUUUUGUAACACCUCACUCUCUGACACAGAGGGUCCUGUCUGUUUACAUCGUACGCUUAAGGAGCAUUGUGUGGGUCCCAUCUCUGACCCUCCUGACAGAUGCCCUGGCAUAUGCCCAUCACUUCACACAUGUGGUGCCUGCAUCAGCCAAGGUAAAGGUGUUAGAGUGACCAGUGAUAUCCAGCGUAAACAUGUCUACCUUCAGCAGUGUAGUUGGUGUGUCAAAGAGGCUCAAUGUCAGACCAGAUCAUCUCCAGCGGGUACUUGUAGAUCUGCCAAUGGCACAGUGACUGGUGUUGUAGGCUGGUGGGGUGGACUGAGUGCUAACCUGACUAGUAUAAUCCAGUGCCAGACGGAAGACUUCCCAGCAGGUCUUCAGUUUGUCAAGUACAGAGAGCCAGCUAAUUACACAUAUCCUGAUGAGCUCAACAUUCACCGCAGAACUGUAGGCACCAUGGGAUAUAUUGUAGGUAAACGUAUUGAGCAUGUGUAUUUUCUGACCUCGAAGUUCCUUGGAUUCCUGCACCCACUCAAUGCUCAGCCACCUGCCAAUGAGAACUUGACACUCUUUCUGUCCCUGCAGCAUGCUAAGGCUCAAUUGUAUUUGUCUUCAGAUGACUCGCCAGCAGGCUUGGAAUCUGUCAUUAAGAGAGAUGAUGAAGGCAUCAACCUAAUGCUUCAAGCCAAAAGAGCCUAUGGGCGUACAGUUUUUCCAAAUGUCACUCGGGGCUAUAGAUAUUAUCUGGAGCAGACAACUGAACAAGCUGGCUCAACAGAAUUCACCACUGCUGUGACCAUCAGCUGGAAUGGCUACCUGAGGCCAAAUGAAAAUGACAAAUAUCAUGUCAUUACUUAUGAAUUUUUAGAACCAUACAGCAAAGGGAACUGCAGUGCCAGUUACAACUGUUUGGGGUGUCUGACUGAUGCUCUAUGUGGCUGGUGUGAACUUAAAAGAAUCUGCCUGCCUCGUAACGUUAGUGAUGACUCUUGUCAUGAUGGCCCUAGACAUCAGUAUAUGAUAACUUCUCCAUCUGAGUGCCCAGACUGUGAGAGUCAUGUCCAGUGUUCAACUUGUGCUGCUGACCCUCUUUGUGAGUGGGUGAUGGACACUGGUCACUGUACUAGAAGAAUGAGACAUCCUGAGAAAGCUGUUAGAGACAGUGAGAAAUGUCCACCUCCUUGCCAUGAGCGUACAAAGUGUAGCAGCUGUAUAACAUCUGAAAAGGGAGACUGUGCCUGGUGUGAGAACACUCAGCUUUGCUUGCCCUUCUCUGACUAUGUCACGCGCUACAUCUAUGGCCAGUGUACUUCCUGGAUUGAUAUAUCCAAUGCCAACGUCAGCUGUCGUUCCUGCAGAGAGAUGACAACGUGUGACAAAUGUUUAAAAGUCCUUGGUUGUGGCUGGUGUAGCAAUGUGAACAAUCCCCUGCAAGGUGUUUGUAUUGAUGGAGAUUUCGCAAGUGCUAAUAACAAUGAGAGCUGCAGCCAGUACCUGGGGGAUUCUUACAAUGUUACAACUACAGAGCCUUUUGCUUGGUCUUAUGACAAGUGUCCUGAUGUAGAUGAAUGCGCACUUGGACUGCACACCUGUCACCCUAAUGCCACCUGUAAGAAUGUCUAUGGUUCCUACAGCUGUGUUUGUAAUCGAGGAUUUGCUGGAGAUGGAUCAUUUAAAUGUGAUGAGACCUGUUACUACCAUUGUCACAAUGGCCGUUGUUCAGGGCCCCCAGACUUCAAGUGUAUCUGUGACCUGGGCUGGAGCAAUGACAGUUGUGAUGUUAACUGUGGCUGCAACAACCACAGCACCUGCAGCAGUGGUCUGGGCGUAUGUGAUGAAUGUAUGCACAACACUGCUGGCACUUACUGCGAUGAAUGCAAACCAGGAGCGUAUGGGAAUCCCCUGAAACCUGAAGGUUGUCACUUGUGUAAGUGUAAUGGACAUGGCGACCAUAGUCUUGGUGAAUGUAACAGGACAACUGGACAGUGUUUCUGUACAGACAACACUCAGGGCUUUCACUGUGACCAAUGUAGGCCAUCUUACUACGGCAACCCAAGUCUGGGAGGAAAAUGUUAUCUCCGCUGUGACAACAGGAUCUUCCUAACCAAUGUUACCGAAGGGGCGCUGGGCUCAUAUAACGGAAGUGGCAUGGUGGACGGGGGUCACUCUUAUUGCCUCUGGAUUCUGUCUGUGUUUCCAGACAUCUUUUAUAAGGCCAAUGAUGUCAAACCAGUUCCUGUUUUAUCCUUCACCAUUGAGAGUUACGCUGACAUUGAAUGUGGGCAGGCUGUUGUCCAAGUCUAUAGUGGCAUUCCCAGCUUUGUCUAUGGAAAUUCUCGAGAUAGAAUGGAAAGCCAGCGUAUUGGAGAAUUCUGCGGCCAAUCUAUUGAUAGAGACAUCACAAUGUACAGUACCCAGGGAACUAUCACCAUACUCUUUGAGGGAUUCAUAACAAGGUCCAAGAACAGAGGCUUUAAUGCCACCUAUCGUGCUCAUAUCUGCUCUGAACAAUGUCAUGGCAACAACAUAUGUAUCGACGGCAAGUGCAUCUGCAAGGAAGGUUACUGGGGACCAAACUGCACACUGCAAGUCUGCCCAUCCAAUUGCUCAGAAGACAUAGGUCAAGGUUAUUGUCUGAAUGGUAUCUGUGUUUGUUAUCAAGGCUUCACUGGACUGACAUGCUCUCAGAAGAUUAGCUCCAGUGAAAUGAAGCUCCAGCUCAUAACUGACUCCGCCCUAGCCUCGUCACCUCUCUGGCCAUACACUGCCCACAAGGUGUUUGCUGACCAGGCCCAGGGGCCCUCGCCCAGGUCUGGCCACACCCUCACCACAUGUGGUCAGGACUUGAUCUUCUUGUAUGGUGGCUACAGUGGCUCUGAGGGCAUACUGAAUGACAUCUGGGUGUUUAAUGUCUCUGUGAAGACCUGGACUAUGAUUUUACCUCCACUACAAACAAAACCUCAAGGGAGCUACUACCAUGCUGCCGCUUGUAUUCCCUUACUGAAAAUGAUGUACGUGUUUGGUGGACUGAUGAAGCAAGAUGAUGGAGAAGUUGGACCAACCAAUCAGCUGUGGAAGUUUAACAUUGAAUCUCAUGCCUGGACUGAAGACAAUUCUGCUCAGUGGCUGCCUGCUCUAGCCUGUCAUUCACUGACCAGUGUUGGACUGACUAACCUCAUCUUGAUUGGUGGCUUCUCCUCUGAGAACUAUUUCAGUGACAAAGUGUAUGAGUACAAUGCUUCCACGGGGGGCAAGAUGGCGUGGCAAGAACAUAACAAUGGGACAAUGAGAGGUCUGGUGCCAACAGGUGUGUAUGGCCACAGCGCUGUGUUUGACUCCACAUCACACACCAUCUACAUAUUUGGUGGCUACAUCUUCCUGGCUGAUGAGUGGAAACUGAGUCAUCAUCUGUUUGCUUUGGAUGUGAAAGACAAGAGGUGGAGUUUUAUUGACCCAGAGAACAGCAACAAACUUGAGAAUCGUGCAUUUCACACGGCAGUUCACAUGACCAACUUUAUGAUAGUCCUGGGGGGUAUGACAAGCAAUACUGGCUACUCCUCUGAUAUAUUGGUCUACAGAUAUGCAUGCAACACUUGGGUUAAGUUUAAAUUUAUGGAUUAUGAUGAAGAAGAAGAAUUGUUCCCUUUGCCUGUUGAUGGAGUAGCCCUGGAUGCUGUCAUUGUUCAGAACGACAUCUACAUUUUUGGUGGCUACAUUGGUGUGCACAGAGGGACUCUGUUUCAGCUAACCCUCCCAGCUGACCUCUGUCUCCUAGUCAAGGACAGCUUGUGCAACAUACCCGGUUGCCAGAGAUGUUCUGUCCCCUCAGAGACUGGAGAUAAUAAAACUGUUUGUUUGGAUGUAGCUAAAGGAAAUAGAAUGUGUGGAGACCCUCACAGUCGACAGACAUGUGACCUAUCCCAGCAAGCACUUAAGAGAUGUAGUCGCUUUACAACAUGUAGCGACUGUUUGUUCUCACAUCCUCACAUCAAGGAACAGAGUUGUGUUUGGUGCAGUACUUGUCGUCUUGGUCAGUGUGUGCCUCAGAAUGAACAAUGUCCAACACAGGGCUGUCCCCAGUCUGUGUCCAACAUUCUGUCCAACAUUCGAGAAUGUCCAGAGAAUCUGUGUUCCGCCUCUGACUGUAAUAAAUGUGUGCAGCGUAACAUUUGUAUGUGGACACGUCAUUUCCAGUUGUUGAAGUCAAACACAGCUCAUUUCAAUGCCAACCCAAUCUUCUUAUGGAGCUGUAUUCCCAAGAACUUCAAGGAUUCUGCUAUUAGCAAGUAUUUCUAUUCCGAGUCCCAUGAGACUUGCCCAGCCCGCUGUUACACACUGGUCACAUGCGAGGCCUGUCUGAGAUCUAAUGGCAGUGAGGGGGGGUCCAGUGAAUGUGCAUGGAGUGACACUUUACAACAGUGUAUGCCUCCAGCCUAUCUACCGUUGCGUUGUUCACUUGGUGAAUGCCACUUUGUUAGGUCAGGGAGAGGGGCAACUUGUCCAAUCUCUUGUGAGACAUUCGACAAGUGUGCUGACUGCAUAGCCUCCCCUGGUUGUGGAUGGUGUGCGUUUGGUGGGAUGAACGGCCAGGGUGUGUGUAUGCCAGGUGGCAUUAAAGGCCCGAGCAAAAGUGGAAUUUGUUCCGAUGGAAACUUUAGCGGCAAUGAAAUAGUGAAAUCAGAUGUUCACGGUGCUCGUAUCACUCAACACAUCUGGUCGUAUGACAAGUGCCAGCCAGAGAAUGAGUGCAUGAACAACCAUCACACUUGUAACAACAUCACACAGAACUGUUACGACACUCUGGAACACUUCAGGUGUGACUGCAAGGAUGGAUACAUACUCAUUAACAAUAAGUGUGAGCCGGUGUGUCACCAGAGCUGUGUGAAAGGGGUAUGCAUCAAGCCUGACACCUGCCAGUGUGACUUUGGCUAUGUGGGUGAGAACUGCUCUGUGGAGUGCCAGUGCAACAAACACAGUAACUGUAAGAGUGCUAAAGAGCCGGACAAGUGUCUCAAGUGUGAGAAUAAUACAGAAGGAGAGAAAUGUGAGAAAUGUCUUGAAGGUUUUGUUGGUAAAGAAGGAGAAAGAUGUAAGCCAUGUCGGGAGUACUGCUACAACCACACAGACAAUUGUAUGUCUAAGGAGGAUUACAACUACUCUCUGGUUGGAAGCUUGAAGUCUCCCACUGCAAUAGAGAACCCACUGGCCCUUUGUUUUCACUGUGAGCACAACACGACAGGAGAACAUUGCGGUACAUGUAUACCUGGUCACUUCAGGAGAGCCAGUGAGCCCAAAACCAACCCUUGUAGAGAAUGUCAGUGUAAUGGUCACAGUAAUGUCUGUAAUGCUGACACUGGUGAGAACUGCCAAUGCAAGAACAACACGGAGACCAACUGUGAAAAGGAUGUUGAGUGUUGGGCAACACAGUGUGCUAGUUGUAAGGAAUAUUUCUUUGGUAUUCCCACCAAUGGACACCAGUGCUACCGCCAAAUGAAUGUGGACAGAGACUAUUGCUUUGACCCUGACACUCAGAACAACUGCAAUCAGUUUCCCAAAGCUCUACAAACAGGCAAAACAGUUUUCUUUGUGGUCCAACCAAAGUAUCUCAAUGUGGACAUCAGGAUUACUAUAGAUGUUACUUCUGGAAGUGCCGAUGUGUUUUUGUCUAAUAAGAAAGACACCUACCAGGUAUUCAAUGAUGAGUCGUUUCGAAUGCACAACAUCUUCCUUGACAAGAUCUACGCUUCAGGAAGAGCAGGAGAGGUGACUCGGAGAAGUGUGAUGAUGAAUACAGAUGACCUGCUGGAUGAGGACAUGUACCCAAGUCCCACGCCACAUGGUGGUGGCCCUGUUCUGAUUACAGAUAAAGUUCCAGACUUCAUGAAGUUGAAGCCUUCUGAUAGGGACUACUACAAGCUGGCACAGUUUGAGAGUGUCAAGAGGGAUAACUCCCAGACACAAAUGCUCAAGGGUAAGAAAAAAGGCCUUAGCCACUCCAAGUCGUUACAAGAUCAAACAGAAUUGGAGGAUAUUCACAACUCUGAACUAAGAGAUGCAGAGUACAAUCAGCAUUUUACUAAGAAUGUCCAGCACGGAAAGACUAAAGUAGCUAAUGAUCGCCAUUAUCAGUUAAACUUUCAUGAAAUCAACAGACAGAAGCAAUCCUCUUCUCAAAUAAAGACAGGCAGGUUCCUUGGAUUAAUUGACAACGAAAGUAUUUCCCCCCACAACGACUUCCCUCACAAGUCUCGAAGUCACGCAGCUGCUAAGAAAAGACAGCGACGAAGCGCUCAUGGCUUAGACGGCAGUUCCUUUCCGAGAGGAGGGACUCUGGUGACAGAUGGAAAUAAAGAAGAGAAACACAUGCAUAGUGGAGUUAAAAUGGGGGAGAUAGAAGCAGGGGCAUUGAACACAUAUAUCACUGUUGGUCAGCACAACAGCAUCUUGGUGGUACGAGAUGUCAGGUUCAGACUUGUCAUCACUCUGCCACGGGAUCAGCAUGAGCUCAAAACCUCAAAGUUUUUCAUCAUCAUCAGGUCCCGAGGUGGGAGCCCCAACACCACGUACGGGAACCUGUACUUCCGGCAGGACCAGCCUCACAUUGAUCUCUUUGUGUUCUUCUCCGUCUUCUUUUCGUGUUUCUUCCUUUUCCUGGCCGUUUGCGUCAUGCUGUGGAAAAUGAAGCAGACCUUUGAUGCUAGAAGGUCUCGCCAGAUGAGAGAAAGGGAGAUGGAGUGCAUGGCGUCAAGGCCGUUCGCAAGAAUACUUGUUUUGAUUGAGCAUGAUGACCCUUUGUACCUUCCCCUCUCCUUGGGCAUCAGUAGGCGAAGGUCGCGGCUGAGCCGCUACAGACACCAGUAUUACAACAACAAUGACAUCAACAACAUCAGCAGCCUGCCUCCUCCUAGAGAACUGCGGGUCAUCCCCAUUGCUAUCGAGCCCACAGAGGACGGCCUGGCUAGCGUUGGCACAGUCUUGUUUCAGCUUCCUGGUGGUUCUACUGCUCCAUCGCAGCUAUGUCUGGGCUCGGCUCUCACCACCCGCAUUAAUCCACCAAUCUUGACUCAAAAAUGUGUCAAUGUUCGGCGCAGAACUAGUGCAUCAUCAUGUUAGUACUUCCUGUUUUAUUCCAUAAAUCUUUCAUUUGUAAGAUUAAAUGACAAGACAAAGGCUCGAAUACUCUCAGGUAAUGUAUGAUAAUUAGCAGCCGCAGUACAACCACCUUAAGGUCUGCUUUUGGGAACUAAUCAAAGUUCUGUCCUUAGUUUGUAAUAAAUUCCCCCAAGGAACUAUGCUCAGUCAUUAUGAGUCAUAUUAGUGAGGUGUGUGACCAGUUCUGAUAAUCUUGACCAGUUGCACCAAUCUGGUUAUUCGUUCAGCUGAUAUUAUGCCUAAGCACAGAUACAUUUAACCUAAAAGUUUCCCCUUUUUAAUGUGCAAUUUUGUGUGAAGAUGUAAAAUGUUUAUUACCAUAUGAUUUUAAUUUGUAUGCUUGCAAUGAAACCCAAAAAAACAAAGGACAUAGAAGUGUUGUUGACUAAACUAAUACAAUAUUAAAUGUUGUCCCAUAAUGUAUGAUUGAUUUACAAGAUGGUAUCACAUUGAGCUGUACACGUUCAGCUCUGACAUCAGGGUAGCAAUGUUCUUUGGAUUCAGAUGAUACAUGACAGAGAGAAUACCAACAGACUUACUUCCCUUUGACCAUGUUCAGUUUAUUAUUUUGUAAUCAAAGCUUAGAAGCUUGUCUGUAUUUGUGACUUUGUUUU